AUUUAUCUUCUAGCGAUGACCUGUUUUUCGAAUCCAUCGCAACGUGGGAAUUUUCAUCAAAUUUCAAAGAUUCAUUCAAUAAAUGAUUCAGCGCUUCUUUUUUAUCCAUACCUCUAACUUUAUUCACUUGCUCCGGAGUGAUUUUUAUUCCAUUAACUGAAAAAGCUUCUGUCAUAGCUAACGUGACCAAAGGAGGGGCAUAACAUGAAUAUAUUUUCCCAACAUAUCAUGGCAGAAAGAAGUCAAAGAGUUUUGAAGAUUCUUUGUAUCCAUGGUUAUAGGCAAAGUGGAAAGAUUUUUAAAGAGAAAACUGGAUCAUUUCGGAAAGGAUUAAAGAAAAUACCAGUAGAAUUUGUUUAUGUCACUGCUCCUAACAGAAUACCAAGCAUUGAGAGUGACGUUGAAGAACAAUUUGGUUGGUGGUUUUCAACAGAAGAAAACACUUACGAUGCGCUCACUAAAUCUCAUUAUUGCAAGGGAUAUGAAGGAACAAUUACUUUUAUAAAAGAUGUAUUCCUCAAGCAGGGCCCGUUUGAUGGUGUGUUUUCUUUUAGUCAGGGAGCAUCAUUAACUUCAUUGUUAUGUGCGAUGAACAGCGAGGAAGGCUCGAUUAUAAAGUUCAAAUUUGCCAUCAUGAUCGCCGGUUUUAAGUCACGAUCUUCACAGCAUGAUAUAUUUUAUGAAAAACCUAUCAAAUGUGCUAGUCUGCAUGUUUACGGUGAAACUGAUCAAGUAAUUCCUAAAGAAAACAGUGAAAAAUUGGCGAAGUAUUUUGAAAAUCCUGUUUGCUAUUGUCACCCUGGAGGUCAUUUCGUCCCUGCUUCUUCACAGCACAGACAAGUUUACAUUGAUUUCAUUCAAGAAUUUUUAUCUGCAGUCGACACUAAAGUCAACUCAACGUAGGUACUGUGUUCUUCUCUUUGUUUGACUUAAACCACACCAACCGAAAUUGAAAGCGGUGAUGCAUUAUUUUUCUCUAGUUCUGUGUGUUAAUAAACUAACAGAAUUUACGCAAACAAGUGACCUCUAAAUUUAGAUGUACGUUGUCUGUCUUGAUAUUCCAAUGCAGAACAGUAAUAACGCGAUAUUUUGUGCUUUUUUUGUUUAGAAAAGUAAAUAAUAUAGUGCUUCGUUUAUCUUUCCAAUUAAAUACUUUAAAAAUUUACAUUGUCACCACCGUCUUCUCCUCCACAUAUUUUGUUGUUACAAUGUUAUAUGUGUACAAUCUUUUUUGAAGAAAGAUUUGAAAUCCAAAAAUCAAACUCAGAGUUUCCAACGUGAUUCGUGGUUAUCUUGAGAGGUUCUGAAGUGAAAUAUAGAAAAGUUUUUUGGUCGAUAACACACACAAGCCAAGUAAAGUGUAUGUGGGAGUGCUGUAAAACAUCAAUGUCAUACAUAGUUACAACGUGGUACCUUGAUGGAUCUCGAUGAUCGAUAGGGGUUGGUUAAACAUCACGUGAUGAAGUUGGAUUUUUCUGAGUUGAAGAAUCGUGAAAUACUUGAAGUUGUUGUGAAUUUUCAGUGCUUUCGUUUCGUUCACGCAGCUAAUAAAAUGAUAACAGAAUGUUCUAACAA